AUGAUUUGUAAACUUUUCAACUGUAAAUCGUCCGGACAUGGUAGAUUCAUCUCUAACAGAGUCGUCCGAUUGGUGUUAGCGUUGUGUCUUGGAAUGACGGUCUACACGUUAGUGAUCGGAACGUUCAAGUUCACAACCAUCCAAACUAUUCGAGAAAGGAUACCCUUUUUAGCAAAUAAAGCGUUUACGAUCCGUCCGUUGACUUCCGGCAGAAAUGACACCUUACACAGCACCGCUCCUCAGAUGAAGGAAGAAUCUGGCAAUCUUCCCAACAUCGACACUCUGAUUCAAGGAAUUGCUUUCAACCAAACUUACAAGGAUGCAUUAGCUGCAGACAUAGAGAGGAGAGAAGCGCAAAGACCAAGUAACUGGAGACUGAGUGAUGCUCAGUACACAUCCGACACCCAGUUUGUAAAUUAUAUGAACUGUGCAACGUCGGUACGUAAAAAGCUUCUUCUCGAGUCGUUUUUCACCAAAAAGUAUCUGCCCGAGGUUCCAAUUUUAAUAUGGAAUAAACACUACAGUCAAGAGGAAUAUGAGCGUUUAGCACAGUUUCGCAGCAUUUUCGGAUGGAAAGUUGCCAGUGCUUCCGUAAUCUCCUCUGCUCUGAGUCUGUUGAAUACGACGAGUAACACGUACAUGUUUGACCACGACCGAUCACCUGGACAAGACGGAUGCACAUCGUGUGCGGUAAUCGGGAAUGGUGGAAUACUGAAUGGUUCUAAGAUGGGAAAGGAAAUAGACUCGCAUGAUUAUGUCUUCAGGGUCAAUGUUGCUUUAACUAAAGGUCAUGAGGAAGACGUAGGAACCAAGACAUCGUUUUAUUGUGCGGCUUUCCGAUCUCUGUCUAACUCAGUAAUGAGUGGUGCAAGAUACGGUUUCCAUGCUCCACCAUAUCAAAAGGGCAUCAGAUACGUGUUCUUUCCCAAAACGGACUGGGCCUACAUGUUUCUUAGUGCUGUAUUCAGUGACAAACCCGCACCCCGAAAUCCUGCAGAUGGAAGAUCGCCCCCGAAAUUCCAGACGAAGCUGACAGCAAACGACGUGAAGUUGGUUCAUCCGGACUUUGAGAGAUACAUCAGAGACAGAUGGGUAAACUCUACAAGACGUAAAAACGUAGAAUUCUAUCGUCCGUCUACUGGUGCUAUUAUGCUCAUCCUUGCGUUACAUACUUGUGACAAGGUGGAUGUGUACGGAUUCGCCGGGAGUUUUACAAAAUACUCGGAAUAUUACUACGACACUGCGUUUCGGAAACACGUAUCGUAUCUCAACCAUGACAGCGACAUUGAGAAGGAACUCUGGAUCCAACUACAUCAACUGGGCAUCAUUAACCUGUACACCAGGGAGUGAGUUCAU